AUGGGAUUAACAGAGACGGAGAGUUUGAUGAAAGCAUUUGAUGGUUGCGCUGGCGUUUUCCACACCGCUGCAUUUGUGGAUCCAGCUGGAAUCUCUGGUUAUUCGCCUACUUCAGUUGUGAGCUACAAUCACUUGGGGAACAACGAUGGAAUGAACCUAUCUGCUCCACAGACAUUCCGAUCAAAGGAGAUCUCGAAAAGCAAUGUGGUGGACGAUAUGGUUGCUAGCAACGGUGAACACCCAGACCAUGUAGUUGUCAUCAAGGAUGAGUAUACAUCAGAGAUAUUCAUGGGAGGGCAGAACACAAUUGUGAUGCACAAUGCCUGCGAGGACUCUCUCUUAGCUGCUCUAAUUAUCUUGGAUCUUGUUCUCCUCGCUGAACUCAGCACCAAGAUUCAGUUCAAAUCCGAGGGAGAGGGGAAGUUUCAUUCUUUCCAUCCCAUGGCCACCAUACUCAGCUACCUCACCAAGGCACCGCUCGUGCCGCCGGGAACACCAAUGGUUGUUAAUGCAUUGUCGAAGCAGCGAGCGAUGCUGGAGAACAUUCUCAGGGCAUGCGUUGGGCUGGCUCCGGAAAACAACAUGAUCUUGGAAUACAAGUGA